UCAUUACUCGGAAGCUUGAAGCUAUAGGAUAUCACCGUUAAUAUUGUGCUGUGUAGUGGAGUUGGGAUAGGGUUAAGAUCAAAAAGGCAGGUGCUAUUGCAGCACUGAACAUCAGUGAAGUGUGAAUUGAAGCUUAGGUGAAGGUCUUCACGAAGAAAGUGAAUGAACAGCUGUUAGGGGAAUAAUCAUCUUGCCAUGUAACAUGAAAAUGAAUUUUUUACCACAUCAAGAUGCUACCAAUGACGAAAUUGUAAAGUGGAUUAAGAUGAUAACCAAGGAAAAAUUUAAUGAAACGGUGCGCAGGAAGAUUAGAUACAGUGGUGAAAUAAAAAAGCAGACAUGGAAAAUAGUUUCCCACAAUAUAUAUAAAGCUGUAAAAGAUUCCGCAGAAGUGAAGUUAUUCAUUGAAGACAUUGCUGAUGCAAUUAAACAGCGUGCAGAAUAUUCUGACUUUGAUUGGAUUCAUUUGUCUGUAACAGGUGGAAAUUUGAUCAACACUCACAAAUUGCUGCAGUAUAGGGAUAAUACUAAACUUGUGCCGUCAAAAUAUUUUGAAAGUUUAUGCCGCAAAACUUCGCCACACAAAUCGUUUUUUGUACGUAUUCAUGCGUUACGAGAGUUGUUAUCUGUUAAUUUACCGGACAGUAUAUCAUUUGAAAGCUGGCCCACUCUUCAAAGCAAUUUACAGCACAGCCUUAGCCAGAAGAGCCAAGAAGAAUUCGCAUUAAGCUUAAAAGUGCAUGCCAGAAUAAUGUCGUCCCCGUCGUUGGCGUUUGUGAAGGAAUGUUAUAUAAAUCUUGUAGAAAGCUUACGGUUGUACUAUAUAGAUGCUGCAAUCGGCACCAACCCAUCUUUUGUACAAGGAUUGAAUUUUUCAAAUCCUGUGCAUAACAAAUUGAUAAAACUGGUACAUUUUAUACUUGCAAUGUCGAACGAAAUGCCCAAGAGUUGGGCACGCUUCAAAAACAGUUGGAUAGAAGAAAUAAUUAAUGCAUUUAUGAUUUUGAUCACCAUGCAUAUACACACUACAACAGGGGAUGCAUUAAUUUAUCCAUUUCAUGUAAUUGCUGCUCUUGACCCAAGAGCUAUUUGGUGUUUCCAUUGGCUGCAUGGCACUCUUGGAAGAAAUAUUUUCUUCAGUUUUCAGUCAAAAGUGUCUGCAUUUUUAAAAUUUGUGUCAGGUUCAAUACUUCAGUAUUUAAAGCACCCAACAUAUUCAUGUCACAGUACUGAUUUUAACAAUAAGCUCACCUCUUCUGCAAUUAAGGAAGGAAUAUUUAUUCAUUCUGUCAGUAUUUUAGGUAUUAUGGCAUGCUAUAAAAGAGGAGACAGUUUUAUUCUUGAUUAUUUCAGUGAGCAGACUGGAGUAGUGCCCUUGCAGCAUAUCCUAAUUGCCCUUAUAACAUCUUUAAAUGCACACUCGUGUAGUAUUCCACUGAAAAAAGUAAUUACAGAAACUGUGAUAAAAAUAUUUCACAACAGGGGUGACAAGUACAUAAAUGAGUCAACAGUAAGGUGUUUACUGGAACCACUUAAAACAUUAAAUUGUGAGACCACUAUGUUACCAGAGAACACUAUAAGAAUCUUACAUUCCAUCACUGCAGAUGAGCAUUCCCUGCACUAUUUACUACACAGUACAGAAGAGUGUCGAAAAUCGGUUGGUACACUUGAGGCAGUUUCAAAAUGUGCAGUGGAAGCUCCAAAUGAUGAACCAUUUCAAAACUUGAUAAUGAAUUAUGUAGUUUCAAGACUUGAAAGACAUGAAAAAGAAACCGCAGGAUUGUUAAGCAUGCUCCUGGAAACGUGUGUAGCAUUAAUGCCCGUCUCAUUUGGUUGUGCGAUACCUUCGUUCACCAGUAAUUUUUUAACAACUGUCAUUGCUUAUUACAAGUUGUCUCAGACUGGUAUUAAUGAGGGGGAACAAACACAGUUUGGCAAAGAGAUUGGUAAAUUUCUCAUGCUGACUGCCAACUCUUCAGUGGGGCUCCUGCUACUUCUACAACACAAAGAUAUCAUAACUAAACUUUUCCAACAAAAUAUUAAUGAAAUUCCAUCCUUUACUUCGUAUUUCUUAUCUUCAAUUAUUCCCAACAUUUGCAAUGCUCUGGAUGUUACUGUGGAGAUCUGCUUAUUGUUGUCUCAGUUGUCAUGGUGCAUUGAACAAAAUGAUGCAAGGUUGUGGAAUAAGAAACAGCAACAACUGCUUAAUGCUGUCUUUUCUACUGCCACAACACUAACAGGAGCAAAAGGCAUCUUGGAUGUACCACCAGAAAAAUUAGAGACAGUGCCAGAAGAUAAUGUAUUUCAAUACAAGCAAAUAUCAGAGUUAAUUUCUCUGGAGGACAGAACAGAACCUUGGCAUAGUUUAUGCUUGUGGAUAUUACAAGGAUUAAAUGCAAAUCUAGACAUUUGUUUGCAUAUAGAAACAAAUUUUCGGAUAGAGAGCAAGCUUCUACAGCUGCAAGAGGAAAAUGCUAGAGCAAAGAGUGAUAUUAAUCAAGAUUUGUUGAAACCUAAUAAGUUGCACAUUGUUGUUGACAAGUGCAGUCUCUUACGGCAUUGUAUUCUAUCUCGCCUUUAUGCACCAAGUGGACCAAAUGAAUGUAUUGCUGUAUCCUGCAAUGAAAUCAGGAGGACCAGUGAUGACAUUGUAGCUGAACUCAGUACAGUUCCUUUUCUGGACUUUCAAAGGCAUCUUCCAUCACCUGAAUCCCAAGAAACUAACCAAAAUGAAGACAACAGUGAGUUACAAAGGGUACUCCAAGAUAAAGGACUGCAUGACAGUCAAUGGUUACAGCAAGUACGCAGAGCUUUUAAGGCAUCAUCUGAAAAGCAUAUAAACGGUACUGUUGUCCACAGAAUUGUAGGAAAUUUGUCUGAAUACUAUGGAAACACUAUAUCAAGUAUUGAUUGGGGUAGUACUGCAGAUCAUAUCUUAUGGCCAGAGGAACAGCUUGGGAUUCGCAUGACUGUGAGAUAUGGCAUAGCAGUGAAACUUUUGGAUUCCCAGCAACAGCAUGAACAUAAUCUUACUCUUAUGCUCAGAGCUGGUAUUACUCGAAAUAAAUUUGAGUUCCAAAGAUUUGACUGGUUUGCUGCAUCUGUAUAUAUACUGUGCUCUGGUGAUAUGGAGAGAUGUAUCCAGUUCUUGGGAAAUGCAGCUAACCUACCAUGUUCACCUUUGAUUUGGCCAGCAAUGGCUGAACAUAUUGGAUAUUCAAAUAUUAAUCUUGCAUUCUGCCAUGUCUUGGAAUACACAGCAGAUAGAGAGAUUCCUGAAGUUUGUGCAGCAAUGAAAAUGUCGAACAUACCAUGGCCACAAAUUUGUUAUUCAUGGGUUGCCCAGAAUUUUUGGUCUAUACUGGACUGGGCUCAGAUCUGUCACUGGCUACUACUGUGCAUGCUCUAUCCACCAGAAAUUAUUGUUUACUUUUGUGUCAGUUUAAUCCAUCAUAUACAGUCACAUAUAUUAGAUGCUGCAGCCUGUGGCGAAAUUUGGAACUGCCUAAAGGACCCUCCAUUUUCAAAAUAUAAAGUGAGUGAAAAUGUACAUUACAUGGAGAAACUAUUGCAGAGCUAUCAAGCAGAUUCAUUGACAGAAUUACUUAAGUACACAAAGUUAAGCAAUAAAGAUGUAUAAGAUGCACCAAUAAUAAAAAUUAUGGAAUUUUCCAUGUAUACAGCUUCCUGCUGUUU